GGGAAGCGGGCGAAGCAGCCUCCGGUGGAGGAGAGUCCGGGGGACAAGGAGCCCGAUGCCUGGUUUGCAAAGUCUGCCAGUUCCCCACCAAGGCAGUCCAGCCCCCCACCCUGCACGCUGAGGAAGCACAAGAACAAUCGCAAGCCCCGCACGCCCUUCACCACCUCGCAGCUGCUGGCGCUGGAGAGGAAGUUCCGGCAGAAGCAGUAUCUGUCCAUCGCCGAACGGGCCGAGUUCUCCAGCUCCCUCAACCUCACAGAGACCCAGGUCAAGAUCUGGUUCCAGAACCGCAGGGCUAAGGCCAAGAGGUUGCAGGAAGCAGAGCUGGAGAAGCUCAAACUGGCCACCAAGCCCUUGCUGCCCUCUUUUGCCCUGCCCUUCCCGCUGGGGGCCCACCUUGGCUCCCCCACCCUCUACGGAGCCACCAGCACUUUCCCCAGCCGCACAGCCCUGCAGCCCGUCCCAGGUCUCUUCACAGCACCAGUCACCUACGGCAUGUACUACCUGUCCUAAAGAGCAUGGCCCCUGCGCCAGGGCCCUGUGCAGUGCCUGGACCCCAGUGCCCCCUGGCCUGCUCUGCUGCACAGGGGGCCAGCAGCACUGUAUGUGGGCCUGCCGGUCGUGGACUAGCCCCCUUCUGACCAGCAAGCACGGAUGAGCAGCUCACAGCUGCCGCGCGGACCAGCAGCCGACAGUCCCCGGGGAACGGCGUUUGGGCUGCGACGCGGAAGGAUCGCUGCCUCCCAGAUUCGAGGCAAGGAAGAGUUCCUCCCCCAUGGGCUCCCUCACGGCCGCACCUCGUGCGGUGCACUUGCUGCCCAGCCCAGCGGGCCCAGGGCAGCCUUUAGCUCUGAACUGCGUCUGGGGUCUCCUGGUAUGAACUUGAUCUUGUCUCCCAGCCUGUGAACAGAGGAGACCUGAUCACGGUAGGUCCCAUGGUAUCCAUCUCUAAUUCAAUAGCCUUUCCUGUGAGUAUCUCCUUCCCCGAAGCAUAUGCUAGGUCAGGGGAGCGUGUCCGUGAGUGUUUACAACCACAAGUCACUGGGCUCGCUGCUGGUGUUGCAGGGAGCAGGUCCCUGGCUGGUGCUGGCCUGGUGCCCUCAGAAUGAUGGUACCGUCUGGCCUGAACACCUGCAGCUGUGAAUCUGUUUGACAGUGCAACACGGAGAAGCGCUUCCCCUGCUCCGGAUGCUGCAUGAAAAGCACAAAGCGUUGAAGGGCAGUGAGAGUAAAACAGCACAAAGCAGAGACCGCUCACCUCUUCCCCCCAACGCACAUGUUCUUCCAGGACCAGACUGGGUGUGGUUAAUCCGCCAUCCCCAGCAUGCCUUAAUGACCCCAUGAAUGAGGCCUGACUUCAAGGUAGGGGACCUGUGGGCCUGACUCUGGGUAUUAUUCCCAAGCAGCUGGUCCUUCGCAGUCACCUCACGGAGGAAUGGGGCUCUACCAGGCCCAUGCCACCUUCCCUGGGGCUGGCAGUGACUCUAGGCCAGGUGCACUCUUGCUGUAAAUAGGAGACAGUCUGAUCCGUAUGGAUCCCUAGGGGGCUGUAUUGGAGGGUGCUAAUCUGUUCAUAGGCCUCUCAGCGGUCCUUCCAGGUGUGUCUGUGCUGUGUGCGUCUCAGCCCAGGUGGAAGCCCCCGGGCUAGUUCCAUGUACAUACUUUGGGUUUUGUACAGAGCCCGGAAUGGGCUGGAGCCCAAAGCUCCCUGUUUUGUACAAAGCAGUCAAUAAAGCCUCUAAGUUAAUCAAG